AUGUCUGAUCCAUUUUCUGUUGCAGGCAGCGCGGUCGGAGUGAUUUCGCUGGGGCUACAAGUCUGCCAACAACUCACCUCUUACUGUCAAGCCUAUAACAGCUACGAUGAAGAAAUUAAGAAGAUUGGCAGCAGGUCUGAGAGCCUUCAACGGCCUCUGAAAGACCUCCGCGAACUGAUCGAAGAGGCACGGGCGAAGGACCCAGAGAUUGCCAACCGAUCUGGCGGAUAA